AUGAGCCAAUCGGACAGGGCCUCCGCCGGCCGCAAGGAUGAGCUGCGGAAGGAGGCCGCGCGCAAGCUUGAGGCGGCGAGGACCGACAACCGCCAGUGGCGGCACGAGCUCGCCAAGCGUGAAAAGCAGCUGCAGCACGAGAAGGAGCGCAGCGAGAUGCACGCGGCGGCGGAGCGCGGCCGGUACGCGGCGGCGCUGGCGGCGGAGCGGAGCGCCGCGGCCGAGGCGCAGCGGCAGCUGGCGGCAGAGGAGCAGCGGCUGCGCACCGUCUCCCGCGAGGUCUCGGCGAUCCGCGGGAUGAUUGCGGCGGCGCAGCGGGAGCUGGGCGAGGUGGAGGCGCGGAGCCGGCAGGAGGAGGACGAGGAGGCCGCCCAGCUCCUCGAGCAGCGGCGCGACUACCACCAGCGGCUCGAGGCGCUGCGAGGCGGCGGCGCCGUCCGGCGGCGGCCGGCAGCGCCACCAGCGCCACCGGCGCUCGCGGGGCCGUCGCCGAUGAAGCAGCUGUGUGGUCCGCUCAGCGGCGGCGCGGCGACCGGCGGCAACGGCGCGCUGGUGGCGAGCGGGCGGCUGUCGGCGAAGGCGGCCGAGGCGGCCGUGUGGGCGGAGCGGCAGGGCUUGCCGACGGUCUGCCGGGAGACCGGCUCCUUCUCCCCCCACCUCACGCUGGCCGCGGUCGGCUGCGCGCUCUCGCACCGCGCAGCGUGGGAGAGACUGGCGCGCUCAAGCAGCGAGUGGGCGCUUCUCCUCGAGGACGACGUCGAGGCGCUCGCGCCGUCCUUCCACCGCAAGCUCGGCGCCGUGCUGCGCAAGUUGCGAGAGCUGAGUCGAGGCCGCUGGCAGCUCUGCUACCUCGGCUACCACGAGUCGUCGGGCGAGCUGCUGCCGAGGGACGUCGAGCCGCGGCUGAUGGAGGCGUCCGGGCAAUCUCGUGCCGCAGGGGCGAGGCUGGCGUCAGGCGGCGGCUCGCUCACCGGCCUCUUCGGCUACCUGCUCACAAAGGCGGCGGCGGAGGAGCUGCUUGCCGACCCGGCGCUUUUCCCGCUCCGGAUGCAGGUCGACGUCGCGCUCGGGCAGCGGCGGUGGCCGCGCAGCUCGCGCUUCGCGCUCUCGCCCGACGCGGUGCUCCUCACCUCGCCCCGCUCGGAGGACGGCGCGUGCGACACCGACGUGCAGACGCUCGGCGAGCGGGGCGUCUCCGCGCACGCCGCGCUGCCCGCCGACUGGCUACACGCGUCCGGCGCAAGGCUCAUGUAG